AUGUUAGUGGUUUCAGCUCUGCUUCCAGCUCUGCUAUCUGGCUCUGCCUCUGCGCAUCUCUGGAUUUGGAUCUGGCACCAUCAUGACUUUGCAUCUGGCUCUGCCAUUGGCUUUGGAUCUGACUUUGCUUCUGGAGCUUCAAGUUAUCCCAUUCUUCCCUCAGGUGAGGUAUCUGGCCACAUUCAGAGUCAGGAUGGAAAGAUUGUUAUUCUAACAGAUGAUGAGGUCGAGUUGACGUUUAGGCCUACAAUCGGAACAGAACAGGGUCGUGGAUCAGUGGAGAUCAGUGGAGAGGGCAGUAGUCAAGAACAUUAUGCGGAGGUCCUCUCCAUAUCUCUUUCUAAUAGUACUUCAUAUGAAGAUUAUUGGCGUGUCAAUGAAACUGUUGAUCACCUACCAGAAAGACAUAAGCAACUUAAUGUCAUCACUGAGGCAUUUGAUCUGACUGAUCAGUCACCACUGAGCACAACACCACCCACCACUUCUAUACUCAUUACUUCACCUUCAGCUUUACUACAAACACCAAAAUCUAUGGAGGAGCCAUCUUUAACUGAUGCUUCUUCUAACCUCUGCGAUCCAAACCCCUGUGGUCAAGGUUUAUGCUUUCUACAAGGUGGCAUUGCAGUAUGUCAAUGUCAUUUAGGAUUCAGCGGGGAAAACUGCUUAAUACCGAUACAGGGAUGUGCUGAGGGGUGGAUGGAGUUCAUGGGCAGCUGUUAUAUCCAUUUUGAUGAGAGUGAGACCUACACCAGUGCUGAGCAGCACUGUCAGGAACUAAACUCUCAUCUGGUUAGCAUAUCCUCCCAACAAGAACAAGAGUUUGUAAAAAAUCAAGCUCGUGAUUAUCAAUGGAUUGGACUAAAUGACAUGGAUGUGCAAAAUCAGUUUCGCUGGACAGAUGGAAGCCCUUUGGAAUAUGAAAACUGGAGACCCAAUCAGCCAGAUAAUUACUUCAGCACUGGAGAAGACUGUGUUGUAAUGAUAUGGCAUGAGGAUGGCCAGUGGAAUGAUGUACCCUGCAACUAUCAUCUUCCUUUUACUUGCGAAGUGACCUGUCACAUGUUCAUCGCCUCCUGA